GUGGCGCAGGCGCGGUGUCCCUCGGCGAAGAUGGCGGCGCGGUGCUCCACACGCUGGCUGCUGGUGGCGGUGGGGACCCCGCGGCUGCCGGCUGCAGCGGGGAGAGGAGUCCCGCCGCCUAGGGGGGGUGUGGUGGGGGCUUCGCUGGGGCACAAGCUGAACGUCACUACCUUCGCGCCUUCCUUUGGAGCGCGGGGCUCCGGGGCGCUGCUGACAUUGAGACCCGGUGUCAGCUUCAAAGGAGUAAGAAGUUACUCUUUUGUUUGCACUGCCUCCUUCCACACGAGCUCCCCUUUGGCCAAAGAGGAUUAUUACCAGAUAUUAGGAGUGCCCCGAAAUGCCAGCCAGAAGGAGAUCAAGAAAGCCUAUUACCAGCUGGCCAAGAAAUACCACCCAGACACAAAUAAGGAUGAUCCCAAAGCCAAGGAGAAGUUCUCCCAGCUGGCAGAAGCCUACGAGGUGCUGAGCGAUGAAGUGAAGAGGAAGCAGUAUGAUGCAUACGGCUCGACUGGCUUCGAUCCUGGGGCCGGCAGCUCCGGACAGAGCUACUGGAAGGGAGGCCCCACUGUUGACCCAGAGGAGCUCUUCAGGAAGAUCUUUGGUGAAUUCUCGUCAUCUUCUUUUGGAGAUUUCCAGAGUGUCUUCACUCAGCCUCAGGAGUACAUCAUGGAGUUGACGUUCAAUCAGGCGGCCAAGGGGGUCAACAAGGAGUUCACCGUGAAUAUCACUGACACCUGUGAGCGGUGUGACGGCAAGGGGAAUGAGCCUGGCACCAAGAUGCAGAGCUGCCACUACUGCGGGGGCUCCGGCAUGGAAACCAUAAAUACAGGCCCUUUUGUGAUGCGCUCCACCUGUCGGAGAUGUGGGGGCCGAGGCUCCAUCAUCACAACUCCUUGUGUGGUGUGCAGAGGAGCAGGACAAGCCAAGCAGAAGAAGAAAGUGGUGAUCCCCGUGCCUGCCGGAGUUGAGGAUGGCCAGACCGUGCGGAUGCCUGUAGGAAAACGGGAAAUUUUCGUCACAUUCAGGGUGCAGAAAAGCCCUGUGUUCCGGAGGGACGGUGCAGACAUCCACUCCGACCUCUUUAUUUCCAUAGCUCAGGCUCUUCUUGGAGGGACAGCCAGAGCGCAGGGCCUGUACGAGACGAUUACUGUGACGAUCCCUCCUGGGAUUCAGACAGACCAGAAGAUUCGGAUGAGUGGGAAGGGCAUCCCCCGGAUUAACAGCUACGGCUACGGAGAUCACUACAUUCACAUCAAGAUAAGAGUUCCCAAGAGACUAACAAGCCGGCAGCAGAGCUUGAUCCUGAGCUACGCCGAGGAUGAGACCGACGUGGAGGGGACAGUGAAUGGUGUCACCAACACCAGCACAGGUGGCAGGACCAUGGAUAGCUCCACAGGAGGCAAGGCUAGGCCUGAGGCUGGGGAGGACAAGGAGGGAUUCCUUUCCAAACUUAAGAAAAUGUUUACCUACUGAUACCCAGCUGAGGAAAACGGUCCACUGGAAACUAGGCCGGGAGCGGCUGCCCCUCCUCAUGGCCAGGGCACCGGAAGGAUUCCAGAACAACAACACUGAGCCCCUGCCUGCAGAGGCCCUGGGCCGCCUUGGCAGCAGCAAAAUCAUGUGACAACACACGUCUCCAUGGAACGGUCACAGGGGACAACCUGUGAGCAGUAAGGUGUGGCACACAUAAGGGAUGGUAGAACUUCCCUGUCCAUGGGUAGGUGACGUGGCCUCUUCUGGCUCAGGCAGAAUAAAACAACUGGACACUUCUUGCAGAGCUAAAACUCUAAUUUGGAAUCAAAUGUGGAGAUAUUAGUUAAAGAAUUAAAGGCCAUGCUUACAGCUUAAAAAUGAAGCCUUAAGCUGCACCGAGUCAUGAAGUGAUUAAUUUCCCUCUCAGCAAACCUCCGGGAGGUUCUGGAAUGAUUCUUUUCUACCAGGUUGUCUUUCUGAGGAACCUGGGGCCUGCAUGCCCCACCACGUACAUCAUCCACUCUUCAGCAGGGACGUCCUAUUCUCUUCCUGGAGUGAGUUUUAAUUCCCAAAGAUCCCAAGCAGCUGGAAUGUGGGCACUUUGGGGCCUGGGGAGGCACAUACCAAGGUCAUCCCUGGACAUGCCAUUCCUGACCAUGUGGGCUGUGAUCUUUAUUAGGACGGAGAGUCCUUCCUUCCAUCCCAUGUGGGGUGGCCUUUCGUCCUCAACUGUUGAGUUUUGUUGUUCUAAGCCAGGUGUCGAGUGGGGCUCCUGCCCUUCUGCUGGACCAAAGGUGGUCACAGCUGCAGCCUGGGCCCAGCAGGCUAAUGGCCCGUUACCCCAGAGCCCUGGACCCUCUGGCUGCCAGGGGCUUGGAUCUCACCUCUCACACAGUUGACAUCUGUUUUCAGAAGUAUGUGUAAAUUAUUUAAUGCUGAGAGUCGUCAUCUUCUAUAGAAAUGUUUGUUCAGAAAAGGAAAGCACAGUCUGAGCAAUUGAAGGUUUCACCGUCCAGCCAGAGCAAAACACACUGUUCCCCAGCCUCAGCUUGUAGGAUAUGCGGGCUCCAUGUGUUUCCAGAUCCUCCUACUGUGGUAAGACAGGCUAAUGGAGAAAACUUAUGAAUAGUUUCCUUUUUGUUUUCCUUCAUAAUUUACUAAAAUAAAGUAUCUAUUAUUGUCUGA